ACGAUUCGACUGAGGUACAAUCUGAAGUUGUAUUUUUGUACAAAUCAAUGGUGAUUUCUUGACGGCGAAGUCGAAGAAAAACUGUAUAGGAGGGAAAGAGAGAGAGAGCUUCGCGACUAAACGUGCGCGGAAAUAAAUUAGUGUCGAUGUUCGCUCAGCUGAGUGUACAUAUAUCUAUUCGUCAUGACAGUAGUACGCACUUUGACAUGUUCAACGAAAAAAUCGCUAUGUUCCAAACACUGGUUAUAGAAAAAAGUAGUGGAUGAUGAAUAUCACUGUAAACUCGUAACAAAAAUCGUAGUGUAAAGCAUGGCAAUGACUCUGGCGAUGAUAUAUAACACGAGUUUCCAAUAAAUGCAAGUCGAAAUGGCUGAUGUCAAAUUGUACAACGCAACAGCUCCAUCCUUUACUGGGAUAGAGCCAGCAUAUUGGAAUUAUUCGGAUCAUGUGAUUCUCGAAGAUUUGAGGAUAGACAGUAACUUUAUUUGGUUACUUUGUUCUCUCGUUUCCGCCAUAUCCUGGAUUAUUUACAUCGCCUAUUACAAUAGUCGUGUAAUAGGGUACAUUUUAACGAGGCUGUUGAACAGAUUUGUCAUAAGGCAAGGACACGUCAAAGUCGGAUCUUUUACACUCAGUGCUCUCAGCGGAAAAAUUAUGUUCAGAGAUAUAGUGUACAUCACGACUGAUUAUAGUUUAAGAAUUCAAGAUGGUUGGCUUAUAUUUCGUUGGUGGAGAAGUUAUGUGCCCAAGGAUGUCUCGGAAGAUCUUUCACAUUCCGAUACGCGUCUAUCUGUGAUGUUGAAUGGUUUUGAGCUGCACGUGUACAAUCGUGGCCACUUGUAUGCUCAUCUAGAGAAAACGUUUGGCCUAUCGUCACAGAUGUUUCCAGACGCUGAAAAUCACAGUAUGAAUAUGGACGACAAAGACGCAGAGUCGAUGAGCAACGCGGCAAAUGAGACUCGUCAACAAAUAAACGCAAUGGACGUAUCGCGUCACGUGGACAAUAUUAGACGACAAGAAGCUCAUGUUAUAGCGAGAACGUGGCGCGAUUUGAUACCUGUUAUCAAAUUAGAUAUUUGUACAGGAAGAAUAGUAUUCGGUAAUCGUUUAGUACCGACGACAUUAUCGCUAACGGUGGAAGAGGCCCACUUUGUUUACUCGACGAAGCCGGCUGCGUCGCGUCACGAUCAUUUUAUGCAUUUCACAAAGUGCAAAGCGGAAAAUUUCAAAGUGAUAUUAGCACCGAGUCCAAAGUAUACGGGUAUGGUAGACGAUCCACCGAGAUACAUGGGCGAGGGUUUCGUCGUCUUGAGCUCGAACAAUAUGGAAGUAUAUUAUUACAUGGAUGAGCCCGGUGUAGUACCGGAACAUCCGGAGAUGAUAAGACUGGCGAACGGUGAUAUGGUCGAGGCGAUGCCACCGAUAUGGGGGAUCGAUGUCAAGUGCGGCAAAGGAACGGAUUUCAGUUAUGGUCCUUGGGCAGAUCGUCAACGUGAGAAUCUUUUUAAAUUUUUCUUCCCCAACGAUUAUCAGCCGUUGAAAAUCACUAAAUCACCGAAACCCGGUGACAAACGUCAGGUACAAUCGUUCGACAUACGUUUGUCAACAUUGAACGAGGCAACAGUCGACAUUUUGUUCAGUAAAAAUCGUGAAACGAACGCGGUACAUGUGAACGUGGGUGCAGGAUCGUAUCUCGAGAUCACAAUGCCUUGGAUUGUACUGCAGGAUGGAUUUACGACGAAAAUAACUGGGCAAUUGUUGCAUCUCGAGGCAACAACGAGUUUACAAUACCGUAGUUUGGUCGAGAGCGAGACCCUUGAGUUCGGAGUUAAAUGUCACUAUCCAAUAAGAUGGAACGAUCAUCAAGAGUGGACGUUGAAUUUAACCGGUUGCAAAGCAACCGCCAAUCUCGUUUAUUCGCACAAAGAAUUUUUUCAGGAUAUGAUUAACGAUUGGGCAAGUAAAUCGCGUCCAGAUAUACUGCACUUCGUUCCUUAUACGUGGAAAUUUAGUUUGUUGCUCAAGGAAUUCGAGUUGAUUACUAUUUCGAACGAGUACAAUUGGAUCGAUUGUUCAUCGCAGAAUCAGGAAAAUGCUCACAUUGCUUUUUGCGGCGAAUUUUUCGAUCUUUCCUUCGAUCUACCCUUCGUUGAUUUCCUACCGGUUACGAUACCACUACGUUUUUGGAUUCAGGGCGAAAGCGUCGAUCUUUCGUUUUAUCUUCCAGAAGUCAAUACUAAUCGUGUUAUAAUGUUGGCAUUGGAUAAAAACGCGAAGAUCAUGACGCGGGACGGUACAUCGAAGCGUUUGGCUGAUAUGCCGCGACAGAAGAAAUGGCGAAACGUUUGUCAACGAGGUGCUGGAUGGGUUGAUUGUUGGUCAGUUCCAAUAGUAGCUUUGAGUAUAAACUACACUUAUCAUCCUUGUCCACCAUUAGGACCGACGCCGCAGGCCAAUAUAACCACACCAGAAAAAGAAGAGAUACUCCUGUCACCGAUGCGUAUUCCACGUUGUCGAAAAUCACCCGGUCUACAUUGGACCCAGGACGGUACACAAAAGUUUGAUCCCCAGUCGAUAGCACCUGACAAAGUCAGUUUGGAGCUUGAGAUAGGACCUUCCACUCUAAUCCUCUAUGGAUCGUUAAUUAAAAAUUUCAUACAUUUGAAGGAAAAUAUAUUCGGUUAUUAUCAAUCGUUCACGGAUAUGCAAGCAUCUCGAACCACUCAAUCUUCAGGCACAACUGGUAGCGGCGCUAACGAGAGAAGCAAAGAUCGUGAUGUGCAAAACAAUAGCAGUGUCGAGGCGUCGAUCGAAGACGAGGAAACACGAACAAAGUCAUUUGAUCCACGCUAUUAUCGUCCUAUCGAAGUAACCGUUGGAAUUACGAUGCACGACAUACAAGCCCAUCUAAUUAAAAAUUGUAACGACGCCGAUCCACCCUGCCCUGUCAUUUUACUCGAGCGAUUUGGUUUCGAAAUGAAAAAAGGCUUCAAAGAAACCGAAUUACAAUUACUCCUCUCACCUGCGAUUAUGCUACUCACCGACAAUGUCACAAGACCCAGUAAAGAAACUCACUUGAAACAGGGUCAUUUAAUGCUCAGUUCACUUCAAGUACGAGGGCACGCUAUGUUCAGCAACGAAGGACGCAGCUUGGAUGAAGAAACUCUCGAGUACGCCUGGCUCAUCGAAGUUCAGUUGGGUAAACUAAGCGGUAAAAUAACGUCACCUCAAUUACAUCAUUUGGCCACUUCGUUGGAAACUUUUGUUCUUAUGGCCAAAAAUACGGAAAACACCCUAAGACCACCCGGAUUACCCCAUCAUUGUCAUCAUGGUUUGCCACCAUUACAAUGCUCCGACAGCGAUCCCGAUAAUCACUACAGAUGUCCCAGUUCGGAGGACAUCAAAUACAGAAUGACACGUGUCGCGAUCGACGCGAUUGAUCUUUAUCUUCAAGAAGCGGGAACUGCCACGCAAAUUUGGAUAUCACCGAUCCGCGUUUCCACUUGCAAUUUGCAUGGACAACAGGUCAAAUCGGGGGUUACCGGCGUUUUACCAACUGUGCUGACGAGGCAGUUCGUUUCAGCUGCAGGACACUUUACUAAUUCAAGCAACACCAAUACCGCAGGCAGUGGAAGAUCGCACAAUAACGCCAGCAGUAGAAUGUCUGGCGACGGUGCGGACAUUUGGCUUGAAGUGGGAUCGGUGUCUAUAGGCCCUGUAAUAAUCGAAGCGGCUAUAUCUCUACCAACUCCGGAGCACAACCUUCAUCUCGUGCAAAAUAAAUAUCUCAAGACUCACGACGCAUCGACCAAAAGAUUGUGGUUUUUGUGGCCUCAAGAGAGUGGAGUUAAAACAACGAAAUGCGGCUGCAUCGGAGGAUGCGCAUUUUUCGGUAAAAAUCGCAAUGGUGCGAGAUUUUUCAAACCGAGCUAUCACGAUCUUGCUGAUGGAAUAAACAUCGCCGCGUACAGAAUAAACGAGCCUGGAAAGGAAAAAGGUUUUGGCCAAUCGAUUUUACACGAUGGACAAUUGGUUUUUCACACUCCGCCGUACAGUCUUCAGGACGUUUCGUUACAGGAUUUAUGCUAUCCAUCGUCGAUACUGAAAAGUGGCGUUGAAAGAUCGAGAUCGGUGAUGGACCACAACAAGGAUUCGAAUAUCGAUGACACCGGAAGUACAAGACUGAGUACGGCAUCCGGCAGUCCGAUCGCCGGUGCCGGUGAUAGAAAACCUUUAGGACGACGAUUUUCUUACACCUCAAUGCGUGGGACGAAUAUGAAAGACGUACCAUACUCGCGUCUCGUAGACGCGAGCCCUUCGACCCAAUUGCCACUAAAAUUGGACUCGGAUUCAAAGCUGGACGCGGAAAGGAGUAAAUCGAUACUGAGUGUACCGGAAAUUGAAAUGGGACCGAAGAGUAGCGCAUCCGACUCUAAGCUGGCGGUUGAUUAUUUCAAUGCAAUGGACAACGAGUUUUUGCAACAAAGUUGCAGUCCUCAGUCUUUACCGCUUGUAACGACUGACAUACGUGCGUCGAAUACCCAUACCACAGCCAAGAGUGCGGAUGUUGUGAAUAUUUCGGAUUCUCAUCAUUCAUUGUGCGCAAGAAGUGAAUCUGAAGAACGACUUAAACAGGAAACCCAAGUACAACGUACGAUAUCGAUGUCGUCGGAAAAUCAUUCCGAAGCAUUUUAUUCGGCGGACGAGGACACGAGUCAUGGUUUAGGUGGAAGUCGCACAUCAAGUUUACGCCAAUCAAUAGUUGGCUCUGGCUCAGUUUUGAAUCGCAACGAUAGUAUGAAGAAAAAGUAUUCCUCCGAUUUGUCCAUCGUCGAAAGCACGGCUAACGUGAACGUGUCGAUUGGUGAAAAAGCCCAUACGCUCGAAAGGUCGAAACCUGUACCCACGACAGGCCGUCGCGGCCAACGAGUUGCCAAUGGAAAUUAUCGUAAAGACGAGCAAGGAAAAGAAAAUCGUGAUGGAACGCAUCACGAUUCGUCGGACACUCAUUCCGUAUCUUCGACGAGUUUUAUUUCAGCUGUUUCCUCUCAGGAAGAUAUGACUUUCGUUAAUCUUCACAUGCAAGUUAAUAAACCGAUCGUCGAUUCGGCGUUACUGAUGUCCAGUUACGUCAGUCAUUUGACACAGGUCCGUUGUUCGAAUUGGAAUCAGUCAUCGUUUCCGUCCUCUAGCGAUGCCUUUACAACGCCCAUGUUUAAACGAACCGAAGACGGUCGAUUGGUAUAUAUCGGUGGUCGAUACGUCCCAAAAUUCGAAACCAUUACCGAAGGAUUCACGUCGUUAAAGAUGAUAACGCGAAUUGACGGUUCACCAACAGCGACUUCCUCCAAUAAAACACCGACUCAUCCCUAUUUAUGGGACAACGCAACGUUGAUACAGUCUGAAGCUGAUGAUGAUAGCGUUGUACGUGAUGAGGAAGAAUUAUUGGCAGUACAACACGAGACUGGAUCACGUACGACCGUGAUAGUUAAAUUGAAAGGUGACGUCGACAUCAUGUUGAGUCCGAUGGUUCUAGAAUCUCUCCAGCGUUUCAUUGAUGUUAUAACACCGACCCUAGCAAAUUUGCAUCCUCUGACAAUCCUGAAUCAUUUGCACAGCGAGUGCAUCUCGCGGGUCGAAGACGCGAAUAUUUUGAAGCAAGAUCAGAGCCUGUCUUACUGGAGUCAGGUUCAAACGAGCUCGAAACGCUCCACUGCCGAGCGAAAUAUUAAAAACGGUCAAGGUGACGAGAAAAGUAAAAUCGCUCUUCAAACAAGUGUUUACGAGGAAAGCAUCACAACACAGGUUCAGGGUAGCAUUAUUUUACCAAAAUUGAACAUCACGCUUCUUCAAGCAUCCGUCGUUGAAGAAAUAAUAUCUUUCUCCGCUCUCGACAAUAUACGUGAUUUAACGUGCGUUUCUUUAUUCGCAAUAUGCUUUGACGAUGUAACAGCGAGAUUUUAUCUUGGAAAACAAGCUCGCGAAGUUGUACAAACUUUUCACAAGCCAACGGUACUCCCGAAUCAGAAGAAGGUCAAUAAAAUUAGUAAAGCAUUUCUGCCAGGACACCAAAGUGCCGCUGUCGUUACUGAUAUUGGAGGAGGCGAAACAGUUUACAUCGAAACAUCGGAAAAACAGCAAGAAGAAAUAAUCGUUACUCUUGGAAUAGGUAAAAUUCACUCUCAAUUGCGAAGAUUACGGAACGAAUCGUCGAUUCUCAAAGACGCUGUGAUAACGGCAAUACCGGCUCAUUAUUCGAGAGUAUUAUUCACCUGCACUCGGAUAACAUCGCCGCUGAAAUGCAUCGAUUAUUAUCUCCAUCAGCCAACAGAAGACAAGGAGAAGUCGAGUAAACAAAAUGGUACGCCCCAAGCCACCGAAGAAUUUACAGCAGGGAGUGGUGAAGACAGACUGGGUUUCAUUAUGUUUGAGUGUGGAUUGGAAGGUAUAAAAUUGAAAGUCGUAAAAAGAUCACAGUUCGAAAAAGGUGAUAAUGGACAAGACUCGAAGAAAGCAGAGACGGAAAUUUUUUAUACUGAUAGCGUCAAGAGCCACGAUGAUUUGGAUAAUGCUGCCCCUGCGAAUACAGCAACUGCGGAAAAUGAUGCAGCUGCUCCAAAUGUUUCGAACAAUGGACCGAUUAACACCAGUGCAACUUGCACAAGUCUCGUAACUAGAGUCUCGAAUGGUAAUACUGUGUCUUGCGUGAUCGAAUUAAAAACAGUAUGGUUUAAUUUCGCUGCACCACCGAGAACACCAAUAACAAGGAAAAUUGAUUACACAAGACUCGAUUGGAAUCUUUUAAGCACAGCGUCUCCUGCUAUAAACGCUUGGAUGAAUCCAAGUAACAGAUUUGCCAUUAGAAUAGUUCACAUGUUUCGGAGUAUGUAUCAAAGAUCAACCGCUAUUGUGGCUUGUCUCAUGGCUGAAGCGUUAGAUGUCCAAGGCAUUCACAUGCCCAUAAAGAGUCGAUACGGUAGACUAACACCAUUGGCAAAAACUUUGCAAGAAGAUCCGUCCUGUCAAUUGUGCAGUAUUCUACAAAACUACGUUUUGCUCUCCGAUCUGGCAACGAUCGGUGCGAAUCUCAGAGAAACUGAUCAGCCAUUAUUAUCUACACUCCGCCAGGGUGUAAUAGUUCUGAGUCGACAAUGGAAAAAUGUACUUUAUACUCCAUUGCUAUUGGAGCACAAUUACAAAACGAAACACGUGAAACCACUGAAUGUGACGUUUGCCGUCUCUGAUCCUGACGAUGAAAAUUUGCUGACUGACGGUGAAGGUAGCGGUGGAGACGUUGACGAUCAAGAAGUUACCGACGAAUGUGCUAUGCUGAUUCACACCGACCACAUGCACAAACAGAUCAAAGGAGCUCAGGACAAGAGUACAGGAAUGUGUGGUGAUGGUUUGACCGUACCGGUGAGUUCUCCACGUGGUCGUGAGACUACGCCCCUUGCAACCCCGAUUAUAACUGGUCCGGAUUCAUUGACAUCACCUUCACCACCGAUAAACACGAAACGUGGAAGAUCGCUUCAGCCUACGCAAGUACCCGUUAGUACGAGGGCGAGUAUCGUCUUUCCUUUGCUAACUAGCGGUGGCCUUUUCAAUCAGCCACGGGAACCUAACAAUAUAAGCUAUGGAACGCUGAAAGAAGAAAAAACACCUCAGAUUCAUGUUUCUCAUUCGCAUCAGCUGGGUUCGAACCCGAGCAUAUAUUCAGGGGUUGUCGGUCAUGGGAGUCAACACAGUACAGGCAGUAUGGAACAAGUUACGUCGCCGACAGUGCAAAGUUCAAGCAGACCCGUUAAUACGGGAGAGGAUCUGUACAGCUGGAUGGCGAAACAACAGGAAUUUAUCAAGGACACGGACAAAGGAAAUUUGAAAGGAAAUUGGGUCUUUCGCGCUGAACAAAAAACGGUCAAGGACUCCAAAAUAAAUACCAUGACGACUGAGGACACGGAAGAUUCUGAUAUUCAGAGUGGUACUUAUCUUUACCCUAUGAAAGAUUCGCUGAGACUGUUGGACGCUCAUCUCAUUUUUGAACCGCUGCUGUCUUCUCUCUCCGUGAUGCCCCAGCAAAUGCUUUCGGCAAUCGGUUCCGGGAACGUCAACAACGUAUCUUCUCUCGAUUCACUUGGGUCGAAUCUGUCACUCGUCGGGACCAUGGAAACCAUGAGGAUCGACAUUGUUGUCAGUGAAUAUGGAAAAGUAACCGACAAGAAGAAAGCGAACAACAAAUAUCAGAAUCGUAAAGGCGGUAAAUUUUACCUCGACAUUCCACCCGAGACUCCGGCAUUUUUGUGCGAAAAAAUUGGUAUUGACAUCGACGUGAAAAAAAUGGCUGACAUGACGGUUGACGAUAUGAUACAGCGACAAAACGUUCUGUACAUCUCGCGUGGCCAACUUAAAAAGCAUACCAGUACUGUAGUCAAUUUUAGUUUAAACAUACGCUACAUAAGCCAGCAGGUUAAUAUGCCUUUGUUGCGAUUGCUUCAUCAAAUAAGCAAUAUGUAUCAGAAUGUGAAAGAAACACAGAUGGAACUGAAGGAACAACAGCCCGAAAGUAAAAGGAGCGUUAAUCUCGCAGACAAUGAUCCCGUUAUGAAAAACGGUUCAUCGUCGACUUCCGAUCUUCAAGAUCAACUUCUUUCGGGUGGUAAAAAAUUAGAAGAACCGUUGUUGCGCAACAACUUUGAUCCGAACCAACCAAAAGUAAUAUCACCAUCAGCCAGCAUACGGUCGAGACCUCAGAGUUUUGCACAAAAGCUUCGUAGCACUGGAAAAAGUGUGAAGGGUUAUAUAAACUUGAGCGAAGGAGUAAUAACACCAAAUUUCGGUGCUAGCCCGAGUGGCUCGGGAUUAGACAAAUAUAGUGUUUUGUCCGACAAAUGCAAGGACAACGCAGCGCUGACUCCUCGUUGUUGGAAAACCAUUUAUUAUCUUCUUGACCUAUAUGCAACGAAACCUGAGACUAAAACCAUUACGCACCGUUUCUCCAUACCGGCUGAACCGUCGGAUCAUCAUUACAAAGGGUCACGAAAAUAUGAAAAUCUCCAUGAGACAAAAGAACCGGAUUUAGAGAAAGGACUCAAUGCUGAUAGUAGUUCGACUCCGGUGCCACCUCCUAGAGAAUUGAACGUUGUAACUGGGGAGCGAACACGCUUGAUAAUUUUCGGCGUUGCCAGAAUACACAGAACCAGGCUAUUGGCAACGCUUAGUGGUUUAAAACUCGAGGCCGAAAUAACGAGCUUACAUGCGAGUCUUACGUGCCGCAAAAAAUCGCGUCCUGCCAGCCUCGAGUGCAGUCUCACCGGACAAAUUGGCCGAACUAUGAUCGUUCUUCUUGAAGGGGUUGCGCCCAGUCAACAAACAGUUGUCAAAGUUACGGUCGGAAAAUCGCAAGCCCUUUAUUCCAGCGUUACGAGACGUCAGAAGGAUAAAAACAGUGGAUUGUUGACUGUCGGUGCUGUUAAUAUCGAUAUACCUCAACAUCCUGUAGCCUUGCACGGAAUGAUGACGAGAGGAAGCAAACAAUUAUCAUCGACCUUGCAAGAAUUGAGAGUAACGAGAACAUCGUCAAGAUUAUCGCGUGGACAACAACAGGAAGAAAUGGAUGGUGCACCGGCAAGUCCUCAUCAUUAUCAACCCGCACCAACGAUCGACGUUGAAAAGCCACAGCCAGUCUCAAGCCUGCUGGAGCCAAUAGUUAUGCAAUUCCACAUUAUACUUCAGAGUCUCAGUAUAACAGCCGCUCUUCUGCCAUCACUACAGGCUCAAUAUAAAAUGGAUCAAGUCAAUAGUUCCGGUAUAACCGGUAGCAAAGCAAAAUUCACGAUUGAUUUGCCACGUCACAGCUUGAGUUUCACUACGAAACUUCAAGUGACUGAAGCAAAUUUACCGUCCGAAGCGAGUAUCGAACUUCCCAAAGUGCAUGUAUCUGCUGAAUACAUUCAAGACGGAACCAGCAGUUUGAACGAGAGCAAGAUUGCUGAUGGGGUAGUGUUACGACAAGGAAGUUAUUUGAGCGCAACGGCAGACAUUGGUGUAUUCGAACAUUCCUUAACCACCGAUCUCCUCAACCAUUUAGUGUUCGUUCAAAAAGUUUUUAUGAAAGAAGUGAACGAAGUUGUGCAAAAAGUUUACGGUGGUGAAAAACCCGUGCCAUUGUGGCUCGAGGACGAAGAACCUACAAGCUCCAGUCUCAAACGAAUUUUGUUUUCUCUCAUUAUCCGCAUCAAGCGAAUUCAAUUGACUGCAACAACACCGACGAAUUCUGCAGUGCGGUUGGAAACGGGUGCCGUGGAAUUUCAGCUUUCAAAUCGAGUACAAAACGUCUCGGGCGCAACUCAACCAAACCCAUACAUGAAAUUAUUCGGCAAAGCACAAGUAGACAUAAAUCUUUCGCUAGGACAAUUGUUGAAGAAUGUCAUGUUCGAAGAAGCCGAGCCGGAGUUUCAACAAUUUGCCUUUUUCAAUACACGGAUUGGUCUUCGCAACGCAUUUCAAGAAGAAAUGGCCCAGGGUGACGAUAAAGAAGUUGUCCUGAUAACUCUUAAACGCCCCUUGAUAUAUAUUCAGCCCAUGGCCGUGGAUAAGGCUAUUCUUGUUUGGUUGAAUUACAAGAAUGCAUACGAAUAUUGGAAUGAAAAACGGGCGAAUUUGAACAAGGAAGUUUUGACCGCAACCCAGCAAGUUUUUGAGAAAGUUCCGUUCGGUCAAUUGACAAGUCAACUUAGCGCUCCACAUUUAGGCACUUUGUUCCUACAACUGACAAUUGAUGACAUAGGCAUUUGCAUACCCUUGAAUCCUCUACCACCAAAAAAUUGGGGACUCAAUCGUGGCUUGUACGACAGUGAAUCGCGUGGUGCGGUUGUAAUUACGCUGGAGAAUACGAGUAUCUCAGCAUGCAGCAGCGGGGGUCUCGUUAGCAAAGGAAGUUUCGUUGGGCUGUGUCUGAGAUUUGCAGAAGAUUUUGAGACGUCUUUGGACGAUUGGAAGCCAGAUAUGUCAGACACCAGUAUAAUGAAUCUUUGCGUUGUUUCCGAAGGGACUUACGAAGUUUGUAGUAGAACCGUCGCCCAGAAACAAGACAAAUCAGAUAACGCCAAAUGGUUGUUGAACGUCCAAUGGCAAAUGGAGGGCGUAGAUAUUCAUCUGGACGUAAGCGUGGGACAACAACUUUCUGCACUCGGUCACACUCUGACGAUGUUGACCGGUUCGGAAGAAGACGAUGCCAAUGCAUCGGCUGAUUAUGACAGCGACGAUGCUGAUAACCCUGACAACGGCGGUAGUCAGGUUAAGAGAAAAGAAAGUAUAUUGAUUAAAAAAUCGAAAAAUUGGACUGACAGUCUGCCAGCUUUCGUCUUUGAUCCGUCGUUAGAUGCGAAAAAACGUUCUAAGCUGAUAGAAAAAGAGAUGAACGAACAAGCCAAAAUAAUCAAUGACUUAAGAUCCCUGGGUGCUUCGCACGGAACUAUCGAACAAGAAAUGAAACGUUUGCACGAACUCGAAACAAUGGUUUUCAAAGAUUUCAGAAGAGACAUGAUACAAAAAUUACGAAUGCAAUCCGUCAAAGCUUCGGGAAUCAAAGGGAAACUUGGCUUGGGGAGUAAAACUCAUGCUUAUCGGUCACGAUCAUUCAUCGUUCCAUCGCCGACUCCAGAACAUCAAUUAGAAAGUCCCGAAGACAUGAACACCGAAAUUAACUCAGCAAAUUCUGCGAGCUACGAGAGCAGUCCGAGAAGCGGACCAAGCCGGUCGGCUUCAUUACGGGUACGCGGACUCGGUGGACCAAGAGUAACUUUUAGCGAUACUCAUACAAUGUGUCGACAGUCUUCGUUACCGAGUGCCGGGUCGGAGCUAAGUUUGCCGGAGGGUGAUUUAGAAUGGCCGAACACCAUUGAAAUCGAAGGCGAACAAGUUGAGUUAAGAAAGAAGCAUCGUGACACCAGCUGCACUUCCAGUUACGACAGCAUGGAAGGAAGUGCACCUCUUCUCGACUCUUAUGGACGAGAACAAACUUCAACAACGUCUUCGCCUCAUAUGGCGUUUCAAAAACCCCAGGAACCAAAUAUCGACUUUGAACUUGACGUGAAAGUUUUCAUGAACAGUGGCAAAUGUGUUUUGCAUACCAAGGAUCCAGGUCGUGAAGAUGAACUGAAAUUAAUGAGUAGGAUGAAGAAGGAACGUUCUUGCUCUGGUGGGACUUUCGAAUUUCAACCCAGCAGCCCGAGUAGUAGUAGAAAACAUCUCAGCAGCAAAGAGAAAUCAUCGAGCACGAGUGCAUCGCGACUUCGCUAUCUUCAACACUCGACUGUGCCACUCGUCGAUCUGACAAUUUUCCACAUACCAGGACUUGACGUCAAGGUGCACUACGAGUCGAAAACUUUACCGGAAGAAUCGAUUUCACCACGUAUAUCAACCGACAAUAAUCUUCUUAAUCCAAUGUCGAUAAAUCUGCGUAAACCAAGCACGAAAAAAGCAAGUUUAUUUGCUUGGAUGACUCUUCAAAGUAUUCCUGAAGAAACUAUAAUAAGUCCACAUAUAUUGGAAUUUUUCGAACAAACUCUUGAACCGAUACCAAGUAAGACAAAUUUUCACGGUGGGGGACAAACGAAUACGGUAUUUCCCAUGGAAAGUACAGAAACAUCGUCGUGGGCUGCAACAGCUGCAAGUGGAAAUUACGUUUAUGCGAGCUUUCCCGUCGACGUUAUCGUAUACUUUCAUAUGCAACCGUCCACUUUCAGAUUCUCCUGUUUACCGGUUUCUCGUGUGGAGUGUAUGCUCCAGUUGCCGUCACUGGACAUUGUUUUUUCGUCGAAACGAGCAGAGGAAGAUCUAACUGAAUUUCGUGAAUUCAAAGCAACGGCGGCACAAUCAACCGGUAAAGAGGGCGGUUCAGCGAUUGGUGGGCUUUCGGUGACCGGAUGUUUAGCUGAUUUUUCCAUCUACAUAUUCCACCCAUACGGUGGUGGGAAAAAAUCUGGUUUGAAAGAAGCGCAGUGGUCACCCUUGUCGGAUAGCGAGAGAAAAGAUUCCCUCAGUAUAAACGUCGAGUUCGUAAAGUUUCAUCUUUCUCGCAGCCGCAAAUUAAAUUUUCAGAACGAACAGCUCAAAAAAGGCGUCGACACGAGCCGUGCAGUCAUCAGAUUUUCUACUAUAAUCGAUAUCGGCUCUGCCUCCUUUAAAUACGACAUGCGACGGUUGACAGAAAUUUUGGCAUUCCCGAAAGCGUGGUAUCGUCGCAGCAUAGUCAGACGAUUAUUUUUGGGAGAUUUGAGUUCGGGUCUUGCCUAUUCCGAGGGUGACUUUACGCCGCCGCUCAAUCAAGAAGAAGCAGUGAUGGGUAGUUCGCUUUUGAAACAUUACGAGAGACACGGUGCGGAAGCAUUGUCGAAAAGUGCUCCGGAACGAAGUCCGACGUUAAAUAGAGACAAAUUGAGAUUGAGUUUGGAGAGUGAUAUGCCGAGGCAAACUCGAUUGAAAGAUAUAGGACGAGGCUGGAGUUUUACGUCCGAGAAGCAAACAGCUUCAGAAAUGAAAAUGCGAGAGUCCACAGCUUGGGAAACGCUCGUUCUCUUUGCGGUGAAUUUCACACGUUUGAAUGUACACAUGAACAUGGGCAAUGUAAUGGGAAACGUGGUAUGGAUGACAAAAGAUUUUCGUUCCGAUGGUCGUCUCUCGAUCGGCAGUACAGGGCACAAAAAUUUGUAUAUUGGCGUUGGACUCGGAGGCUCAAGUCUCGAUGCGAAGAGUGGAAUCGUUGGUGGUACUAUUGAGCUCAGUAAAAUCGACACUUACAUACAUAUCCGUGAAGAGCCUGGCACCGAACCCGAUCACACACUCGGUCUGAAACUCUUCGCUCUUGAAUUACGUCUGGACUACAUGGGAACAAGUGUUUUGAUGUCGCGAGUUUCGUCACUGGACGUGACCUUACGGGACGAAUGGAAAAUCAACCGUAACAACAGCGGCGAUGCUUUCAUGCCAACGAGAAGACCCGCGAUAAUAUUCAUGCACGGUGAUCUUAGCUGGGACCAAUUACAAAUCAUGAUUAGCAAAUCCACAACCGCAGAUUUGCUGAAAAUGUUUUACAAACUCGACGAGUUUUUCAGCCAACAAUUCAAAAGCAGUAAAAGAGUUUUCAGCUCCCUGCAACCCAGACAUCAACGUGUUAAUAAUACUAGUCUCAAGAAAAAGCAACAGAAGAAAAGAUCAACUAUGGAAGGACCAUGGACAAUCAAUCAAACCGCAAUAUCCGACGCUCGCCAUCAUCGACACUGGCAACGUGUCCUGGCGCAAGUUGCGGGUUUACAAUUAGGCAGCUUAAAAUUUGCACUUCCAACGAAUGGCACCGUUCUCGGCGGUACCAUGGAAUUGCACGGAUGCAAUAUAAGUCUUGCUUGUUUCCAUGGUAUCAACUUUAAGAGCAAAAGUUGGGCGCUGUUCUCCCUUAAAGAACCAUGUAUCAGCUUCGCGACUGAGGCCCAAGAAAUACCAAGCGUUGAAUCUCCCAACACCUGUGACGUCCACGUGGUUCAAACGUUGACGAUCAGUCUCGGUCAACAGCAGGAACAACACGCAAGACAUCAUUCAAUGGCGACGGUGUGUCGUCUGAGUCGCAGCCAUAUUUUUCCACCUCAAUUCAAAUCGCUGCAGGAAUGGUUCCACUACGCCUUCGCCAACAGCGAAAUAGACGUGGAUCGAUUUCCAUGCGUUGAGCGUGAUCGAAUGGAAACUGCAACAGACGGCGCGAGCGCGAGUCGUGGUCGAAGCACUUCUACGACGACGGGGAAACUGCAGGAUCAUUCGCAUACGAGAGAAGUUAUUUUUGCGUUACCAUCGUUGCAACUGCAUUUGAAAACGGAGCAUCUCCAAACGGCCAAAACUCCUGAUGUAAUAGGCCUGCCUAAACAUAUUUUAUAUAGUGAAAAGCCAUUAGUCGAAUGCAGCUUUAUAACGGAAUUCGAGGACCACAUAUUUGUGACUGUUGACGCUGAAGCGUUUUUCUUCUUGCACGACCUCAUUACCUCGUACGUCAAGGAGAAAGAAAGAGUGCAUGCAAUGCAAAAUUUCGGUGCAAGGGCACACAGCCCGGAUCCGCAAGAGAAGAGAGGACCGAACGCGAGCACCUCGAGCGCAUCGAGCGGAAACACGAGCUUUAUGUCUGAAGAUGAACGGAAGAGAAAACAAUUCGAUCCAGCUGAAAUGUUCAUCAAGGAUUGGCGAUCUUACAGAUGCAAAACAUGGCAUCUGGAACCAACCGUGAGGUUGCUCUCUUGGGCCGGUCAGAGCAUAGAGCCUUACGGAAUAGAUUAUAUUCUUCAGAAGUUAGGCUUUUCCCACGCUCGUACAACAAUACCAAAAUGGACGCAACGUGGAUUUAUGGAUCCUUUGGACAAAGUCCUGGCCGUUCUUAUGUUAAGAAUGGUUCUGGCGGUGAGGGAGGAACCUCAAGACGAGAAAGAGCACAGGAGAGAAAAAUAAGACAUUUUUUUCACAGUGUUUUUUCGGUGUCGCGUUUCAUUCGCCAAGCAACGAUGCAAAUGUCUAUAGUCCAAAUAUACACAACACAUGCAUAUAUACGUAUACAAUAUAUUUAUAUGCGCACGUGUUUGUGUCUGUACAAUUAGUUGAAUUUUAAGUGGCAUUAACAAUGUAUGAAGAAUUCGCGAACGGUUAUCUUGUAUUCGCAAAUAAUUCGAUAUGAGAAAAUUGAUCUCAUUGUUCAUGGAAUAUUCGCAAGAUUAAUGUACCAAAUAAGUAUGUCGAUCAUUUAGAAAUUUCAUACUGGAAACGAGAAUAUUAGAAAUAAUUUGUAAAGAAAAAAUGUGAAAGAAAAAUUAGUGUUGCAUAAUAAUGCAAAAGAAAAAACAACCCGAACGAGGAUCAGAAACGAACAAAAUCCGUUGUUUAGUUUUUUUUUUUUUUUUUUUUUUCAUUUUUAUUAUCAUGCGGAUAAUUUCAAUCGUCAUAGUAGUCAGCUAUAGUCGACCUUUGCAACGCUGAUCAUGGUUGUACAACUCGAUUUUUUUAUCUUGUGCUUCAAUCGCGUUCAUUUUGUACCUGUAUGCGCUUCAAACGGAAUUAUCCUUAUUACUCUAUCAUAUAAUUUAUCUAAGCAUAAUAAUCGUACCCAUAAGUUCGGUGAAUAUGGUACACAUUUUUUUACAUAUAUACAUAUACAUGUAGUAUGAGAAAUUUGAAAUCGACGUUUCGCUUUAUAUUCGUUGAAACUUGUUUAUUCCUUGUAGUCCCACCGAUGAGUCUUUUUGUAAUUUUUCUUCCGCUUCUUUGGUUUUAUCAUGUAAUACUGUUUUUCCUGGUCUUUUGAUUUUUAUCUCGUCUCGUUGCGCUCUCGACAACGAGGCAGGCUCUUCUGUCUCAGCCCAUUUUUUCGUGAAAAAGAAUGAAAUAAUAAGAAACACAUGCUUACAAAUAUUCCUGUUAUCACACCUAUAGAGACUAAAGACGAAAAAACAAAUGGUCACAACAAAACAGUCCGUCGCUUAUCAAACUAAAAGAUGUAUAAAUUGUAAUUUUUAAUCUUAUUUAUAAUAGAAAUCAAACGUGAGCUGUUUAUAUACUAUAUAUAGGUGAAUGUUUAUCAUUUAUUUCUGUGAUCAGAUAAUCACCGUGAUUUACAGCGAUUACGGAGAUAUAUACUAGGGAAAUUUGUUGAUGGAUAUUGUAUUUGAAAUGAAAAAUAUUUUUUUCGCCAUUGGCACUGAAGAAAUAAUCACAUACGCUGAGAAAAAGUGACAAGAAUGGUAAACACUCAAAGUUUGAGAUUAUCGUCAAUUAAUUAAUUUUCAUUUAUUUCUGUGAUCAGUUAAUCACCGUGAUUGGCGCGAUUACGAGUGUAAUAGGAAAAUUUGUUAAUAAAUAUAUGCAAAUGAAA